CUUUCUUUCUCUCCCUUUCUCUUUCACUGCCUCUUCUCUUUCUUUUUCCCCUUUCGUUCAUUCAUUAUUCAAACCCGCAGUAGACACAGUGCAUCCCCUCUUCUUCUUCAUCCUUUUACAAUCUCUCAUUGUGACUCAUUGAGUAGUCAUUUCACUUCAGACUCGAAUCUACAGAGUAAGUAGACUAUUCGCCGCCGGAAAUGCCGCUUCCGCCGCAUUCUCCGGCGUAAUCUCCGGCCAAACAUGCAGGAGAAGACUCUCCUUACUCUCUCCGACGAAGACAUCACCACCACCACCACUACAGGCAACAAGAAGAAGAAGAAAUCGCAGGCGCAAGGAAGGGACAUCGACAUCGAGUUCCUCCACCCGCCGCCGCCGUGCGUGGUAGUAGGUGGUGGCCGGAACCACCGAUCUCAUUUAGGAUCGAGUCGCGUGGCACCCACGCUCUCCUCCUUGUCUGUAGUGGAGAAGGUGCUCCCGAACGGAGACAUCUACACGGGGACGUUCUCGGGGAGCGUGCCGCACGGGAGCGGCAAGUACUUGUGGUCGGACGGGUGCAUGUACGAGGGAGAAUGGAGGAAAGGAAAGGCCUGGGGGAGAGGAAGAUUCUCAUGGCCCUCCGGCGCCACCUACGAGGGCGACUUCAAGUCCGGCAGAAUGGACGGCUUUGGAACCUUCACCGGCACUGACGGCGACACGUAUAAAGGCUUCUGGAUCUCUGACCGCAAGCACGGUUACGGCGAGAAGCGCUACGCCAAUGGAGAUCUCUACCAGGGCGAGUGGCGCUGCAACCUCCAGGUCAGAAAUCAAACAAAGAAAUUUCGUGAUGGUAGGGGGCGGUAUGUGUGGAGCAGCAACGGUAAUGAGUACGACGGCGACUGGCGGGGCGGUGCCAUUUGGGGGAAAGGCAUUCUGAUUUGGGGAAAUGGAAACCGGUUUGAAGGGUACUGGGAGAAUGGGGUGCCCAAAGGGAAGGGCACCUUUACUUGGUCCAACAAUGCCGCUUGUUUAGUAGAAGAUGAGAACCUCUACCAUCACAAAUCCGGGUUUGAUGCAGCCCAGAAGAGGUCGUCGGUGGACGGGAUGAAGCCCGUGAGCUUCCCCCGGAUUUGCAUAUGGGAGCUAGACGGGGAAGCGGGGGACAUUACGUGUGACAUUGUGGACAAUGUGGAGGCCUCCAUGUUUUAUAAGGAUGGUAGAGAGUCUUACUCUGAACCUACUAAGCUGCAAAGCAAGAGCCCCUGCAGCUCAACCGAUUGCGAUGUCAAGAAGCCGGGUCAGACCAUUUCAAAAGGCCAUAAGAACUAUGAUUUGAUGCUUAAUCUACAACUGGGCAUUAGGUACACUGUUGGGAAGCACGCUUCCAUAUUGCGAGAGCUCAGGGCUGGAGAUUUUGAUCCCAAGGAGAAGUUCUGGACAAGGUUUCCUCCAGAAGGCUCGAAGUUUACACCGCCGCAUCAGUCAGUGGACUUCAGAUGGAAGGACUAUUGUCCCAUGGUAUUUAGACAUUUGAGGGAAUUGUUUGCAAUAGAUCCUGCGGAUUACAUGCUAGCCAUUUGUGGAAAUGAUGCUCUUAGAGAGUUUUCUUCUCCGGGAAAGAGCGGAAGCUUCUUUUAUCUGACCCAAGAUGAUCGUUUCAUGAUAAAAACCGUGAAGAAAUCCGAAGUCAAGGUGCUUAUAAGGAUGCUUCCAAGUUACUACCAACAUGUUUGCCAAUAUAAGAACUCCUUGGUAACAAAGUUUUUUGGCGUUCAUUGCGUAAAGCCAGUGGGAGGUCAGAAGACGCGUUUUAUCGUGAUGGGCAACCUAUUUUGUUCAGAGUACCGCAUCCAUAAACGAUUUGAUCUCAAAGGGUCUUCCUAUGGUCGCAUAACUGAUAAACCUGAAGGGGAAAUUGACGAAACUACCACGCUUAAGGACCUUGAUCUUAAUUUUGUGUUCCGCCUGGAAAGGUCAUGGUUUCAAGAACUAAUCUGGCAAAUUGAAAGAGAUUGUGAGUUCCUGGAAGCAGAGAGGAUAAUGGACUACAGUCUUCUGAUUGGUCUUCACUUCCGUGGUGAUUAUUCGUCGGAUGAUAUGAAGUUGUCACUGUUUGAUAUGCGUUCUGGUAACACAGAGACGUUCCAUGAUGAGGCAUUUACUAGGGGUUAUCGCUUAAAUAACGAAGAGCUGCAGGAUAUGGAGUGGGUUCUUGUUGGCCGGGGGCCACUGAUACGGUUAGGGGCAAACAUGCCUGCAAGGGCAGAGAGAGUGUCAAAGUCAGUGUUGGAACAGAACACAGGAGGAGGAGGAGGAGGUGGAAGUAGCAAUUCAACCCCUUCUCGGAAUGGCGGUGAGAUCUCUGACGUAAUCCUAUACUUUGGUAUCAUUGACAUUCUCCAAGAUUAUGAUAUUAGCAAAAAGCUAGAACAUGCCUACAAGUCCUUGCAAGUGGAUCCCACUUCCAUCUCGGCCGUGGAUCCCAAGCUCUACUCCAAAAGGUUCCGGGAUUUCAUUCAUAGAAUCUUCGUGGAGGAUACUACUGACUCGUAAUUUUUAGAUACGGAGACGCAGAUCCCACAGAGUCUUUCAAGAAUUCCAGAUGAUCAAAUUCAGUAUCAGUGAAAUGAUUCACAGCAGGAGGACUGGGAUGUGUAUGAACAAGUUCACCUUCCUGGCUGUGCGAAAAUGUGAAUGUCUCUACUAAUGGGGUUCUAUUGCCGAUGGCCUAUUCUUUUUUCUUUUUUCCUUCAUAUUUUAUUUUAUUUUAUUUUCAGAAUCAGCCAGUUAAGUGGAAGUGGGUAGCACAAGCUUUGUAUAGCAAGUGAGAGGGCAAGAGGUGAAGAGGGUAUUGGCAGGUGACUUUUUAUUUUAUUUUAUUUUGAUUGAUGGGUUUUUAGGGGUGAGACUUUGAGGAAAGUGGGUUUUUUUUUUUUUUUUUUUUUUUUUCUUUUGAAAUUUUUGAGUGUGCGGACAGGAGGCAAGGGUAUAGAAAAUUCAAGAUGCUUCCUGUUCUUUGGGUACAUUGGGACAUGGUGGGGAGAUUGAGGAAGAAGAGGGCAUAGAAAUUAGAAUAACAACUGUACAGUCAAAAAGAAAGACGGGCAAUCUAAUUGGAAUUGGACUAUUUUCUUUUUUUUUUUUUUUUUAAAUCCUUUUCUAGAAAAAAAAUGUUAAGUUGGUACUGUUAUUGAGGAAUUCAAAAUGAUGUUUUUCUGGUGGGCAAGAAAGAAAGAAAAAGAAAAGAUGACCUUGGGGUUGGGUUUCUCUCUCUCG